UCACAUGACCCCUACGUCUUCGUAACUUGUUCAGCUAGCUGGCUAGCUAAUGCUUUUUAUUAUUUUUGUUGGUUCUGUUCAUUUCUGCAUUAAUUAACACAGUAUUAUGACUAGCUGAGGAUUUUAUAUGACAUUUUCUCAUCUCAGGUGAUAUGUCAGGUGAAAUUCAGCACCAUGUCUGUGGAUGGAUCCCGGACGUCAGUGUUUACCUUCCAGUCAGCUGUGCACAGUAUGCAUGUCCUCCGCUGCCUGGAUGAGCAGAGACAGAAAGACAUCUUGUGUGAUGUGACGGUGGAAGUUGAGAGCAGGAGCUUUCGAGCCCACUGCUCAGUACUGGCUUGCUGCAGCUCCUAUUUUUACACCAGACUUCUAAACCACACGGGAUGGAACUCGGUCAUCACUCUGCCUGAGGAAGUCACAGUAGAGGGCUUUGUGCCUUUGCUGCAGUUUGCCUACACCGCAAAACUUCACUUCACCAAAGAAAAUAUCCGGGAAAUUCACAGAUGUGCUGAGCUAUUGGGAUUUCACAAUCUCGACAAAGCGUGCUUUGAGUUCCUCAUUCCCAAGUUCUCUGAUGGCAGCGAAAUGUCUCAGGAAGCCAAGAGGAAGUGCAAAAACAGCAGCGAGAGCAGAAACAGCAAUGAAGAAUCGCCAGCUGCUAACAGAGCCUGCAACAGUACCGACGAACAAUGCACUAACACCGACGGAGAUGGGGUAGUGCUGGAGUCUGGAGCACAGACAGAACAGAAUGUACCACCUAGCGAUAUAGUGUGUUCUAAUGAACAUCCUUCUGUCACUUCUGAUAAGAAUAUUUUAGAUUUACCUUCAGUCUCAUUCCAGUCUGCUACUGAGCACCAAGCAGAACUGUGUUUACAAAACUGUGGGCCACAGCUGGUGCCAUCUUCAUCCAUACCUUCCGCUGAAGUGUGUCCCUUUCUUUCAAUGCCAUGUAGCAGUGAGAGUGACAAUGUGCAUCCUGUCACAGCUGGCUGCGAUGGUGGCAUUUUGAAUGGACUGGCAAUGGAUGAUGUUCAAGGUGAAGGUCUAAACAUGCCCAAUGUUGCUGAAGGCCAAAUUGAGCAGCCUGUAACAGAUUUAGAGCCAACGUCGGAGUGCAGCCAGUUGUGUCCCCUGUCCUCCAGGGAAACAAGUGAAGUCUUGGACAGCAUAGCGUCAGUGAGCAACUUGGAAAGCAUCGGGAGCAUCAACACAGAGACUUUUGACUCCCCUGAGCAAAUAUUCCCUAACUCAGGACACAGUGAUAGCUCCACAGAGAGAAGCACAGUGGAAAGGGAGGUGGCUGAGCAUCUGGCGAAAGGGUUCUGGCCAGACAUGAGUUCCACUUUGACAGAGCCUCCAGAGCACAUGCAGCAGACAGCUGCUGGAAAUGGCCCUGAUUUUCACUGGCUCAGACACCUGGAUUUAGGUGCUGCACCCGAUGACUGCCCAUUCCUGAGAGACCUCAACUCCAAGGAGGAUCCACCUUCAUUGUCUAACAGUCCAUCCAGAGAAACAAGCGGAGAGAGUCCGUUUGUGUCUCCUAUAAACUCUGGUGACAAUUCUGAAAGCGAGCACGAGGACGACUCUGUGGUUAGCAGUGAGCAAUCAUGUGAGGUGGACUUGCCAUUCCCCGUUGAGCAGAUCUCGAGCAUGAGCAGGCGAGCUUUCCUACAGAUUCUUAAGGAGCAACGGCUCACACCCGAACAGCUGGAAUUUGUGCAAGACGUCCGGCGGCGAAGCAAAAACCGCAUGGCUGCACAGCGUAGCCGGAAGAGAAAGCUAGACUUCAUCUCUAAGCUUGAGGGAGAAAUCAAGACAUUGAGGCUUCAGAAGGAGAAGUUGCUGCAAGAACAUAACCAGCUGAAGCAGAGUAUGGAGGAGAUACAGCAGUCUCUCUCAGGUCUGUGUGAGAGUGUGUGUGCUAAAUCCUCUAUGCUGCCAGAGCAGCUGCAUAUCUUAGCCAGGUAUCUGUCUCCAGACUCGCCCAGCUCGGUGCUCCUCACACCCACUGCCUCCCCAAACCUGCCCUGCCUCGAGGCCUGGGGCAGUGAGCCAACUCAGCCUGAAGUGAGCAGCGAGCCAGCUCAAGCUAAUGGAACAGCUAAUAAUGACAAUAAUAAUAAUAACAAUAAUAAUGUUCAUUUGGGCACUUUUCCAAAGCCCAAUGAUGAUCCGCAAACAUAGUCAUAACAAUCAGAUAAUACAAGCAGGCAAACACAAGCAAAUACAAUACAGGUUACAGGCACUCUAACAUAAUUAGUGCUGAAAUACAGAUUCAUGUAUCAGAAAUUUCUGUAUAUAAUUUUCACAUUUUCAGUAUUUAGCUUUGUAUUGACUAAAUUGAUCAUGAAGACAUGCAGGCUGGAAAAUCAGUUGUUUAAAGGAAAUGAUUUCUCUGGGUGUCAGCAUUUGAGACCUAACUGCCAGUUUGUAUGUAGUGAAGUUCCUAACAAAACAAAAGUGAGCGAAAAGGAUGAAAUGUAAUCCAAAAUCACAGAACGUCAUCUGCUUGUGAGCUGAGGUCAGGAUGUGGAUCCAGAAAAGUAUUUCAGUUGAUCAAACCAAGCACUUAGGGGGAAAAAAUAUCUGUUUGUCUUUUUUUUUUUUUUUUUUUAAUUCAGUACUUAACUUCAGUAACAGAUUCUCUAUUGAGGUUUGUUGUAGCCAAUCACGUGAAUUUAUGUCAGUUAUUUAAGAAAGUACCUCACAAAGAAAGGAAGGAGUUUUCACAGAAUUGUUUUGAAUGUAAAGCAAAACAUCACUUUAAAUUGACGUGCCAUUUAUUAAUUGUGACCUAAUCGUUAAUGCUUAAUUAUUAAAAGAUAAUUAUUAGAACCAUUCAGUCAUGCUGGUCACUUAUCCGGUCCUCUGUAAACAAAGAGGUGUAGUUGAGUAACCGUUUUAUAAAUUUAAAACUCUGCUCUGUGUGGAAGAAUAGGACUGGCAACAGAAUUUCAUAGAAAGUGCUUUUCUUCCUUUUGUGUGCAGUAAUAGGAAAAGCUUCUGUGAAGAAUUGUUUUGAAAUUUUUGCAUCAUCUACACAGCUGUGCAGACUUUUCUGUAGUGGCUAUAACACUGCAGAUAAAUAAUAGUCACUAAACCAAACGUUCCUUUGUAAGGCAGAUGCUAAGGAGGCAAAUAUCAACUCAGGCUUAAGCUAUAUGUUCACUGAUCACAGGCAAAUAAAAUCAGCAGUGUAAUAACGUUACACACUCUGCCUCAACAUCUGAAUCAAAUUAAGCACAUUAUUAAACGUGUAUCAUACACAAAUCUCAGACAUUACUUUUAGAACCACGUGUUUAGAUCGUUGCAGUGUUUUUGCCUGCAUUUUGUGACACACUGCACAAUUGAAUGUCAUUAAUUUCUAGUCAUUCAUUUAUUGCAGUUGUUCCAAUAUAACUUAGAAAAUGACAAAAGAGCACAUGGAAGCAAACUGGGCACUGUUGUUCAUAUUCUUAUAUAUGAUGCUCCACAAUGUUACCGACAUUGUUACAAGUUUGGUUUGGUGUGUGACUUCAGCCUCAGUUGUGAUAUUAAGCAUUAAACCUAAGAGUCUAACUCUUAUUAGGGGUCUAACCAAAAUACUAAUUGUGUGUGUGUGUGUAUGUGUAUGUGUAUGUGUGCUAUUCCUUUGAUUUAAAUGAAGGUAGCUGGAAAGGAAUAAUAAUCAUAAAGUUGUGAACUUUACUGCAAUGUAGAUCUUAUAAGAACUUUGCAUGACUUUUCAAUAUCAUCAACGUUUCAUGACUGAAAAAGAGAUUAAACAAAAUCCCAUAUAAUCAAAAAGCUGCAUUCUGUGGCAGAAGUAUAACACUGUUUCAUGUGAAUUGACUUUUUUGUGCAAUAAUAAAACAUCUGUCAUGACUAUAAGAAUUAACCUUAACAUUAUCUCCAUCCUCACAAGUUUAGUUAGUCUUUAUUUUCCCUUUAACUGAAAAGAAAAUAUCUGUAAUUACUGCCAAUGUAUUUAAUUUUCACCCAUGAUUUCAAUUUAAGCCAGUAUGUCCUCCUAAUACUCUAGUGGUCCAACCUGUAGUUUUCACUCAGGAGUAAAUGUUUUGGUUGUGUAAUAAUAAUUCUGUAUAUUUUUUUUUACUCUAAUUCUUUCUUUAUUUUUUCAUAAUGUUUAUGAAUAAAUGUAUAGAACCAAAUUUGCACUGUUACUUAACUUUUCAAAUGAAAUUUUAGCAUGGCUUAAUAACCAAUAUUUGUAUUGUAUGUGCAUGAGCCAAAUCAUAUUCAGAGGUAAGGAUUCUUAAUUAUCUAAGAGUCUGCAUUACAAUUUGCAAAUCUUAGUGUUCUCAGCACAUUCACCUUAUGCACUUUGUUAUACUGUACAGUAAUUACAUUCCUUUUAAUUAUGCUUGAAUUUCGAUUUUCAUAAUGUAAUGCAUCCAUUCAAAUGUAGCACAAGAGCCGCAGCACUAAAAGCAUAACAUGGUUACUAAAUAUAGUGUUCACUUGUGCAGAUAUACUCAUUAACAGAGGGAUUUGUUACAGGCUCUAAAAUAACUGCCAUGUAUGAUUAUAUGCUUAUGAGCGAGCAGUGUGUAAAUGGCUUGUACUCAAUAAAAUUGAACCUGUAAAACA